GCGGCGUCCCUCACUAUCCCCCGUUCUCCAGGCAAACUCCCGAGGCCCGGGAAGCGGGGCCGGGACCCGCGGACCCGCCAGAGCGCGACGCGGCGAGACGCCGCCUCCCGCUCUGCUGACACCUUGGCCCCCAAAGGCGCGCCGCGGGCUUCACCUAUCCCCCGGCCCCUGACCCUUCUCGCGGCACGGCCCGCUCGCUCCCCGCAGUCUUCUGCGCCCCGCUUCCGCGGGGCCCGGCCCGCACGCCCUGCUCCGAGGUCGGCUGUCUCUCGCUCCGCGGACGUCCCGCGGACUCCGUGGCCCGACCCCCGCUGCCCGUUGGGCCCGAGGCCCCUCCCCGCCUGGUCGCCGUGUGGAGGUAUUCGGGCGGCCGCCGCGGCUCCUGCUUGGUGUGUGCCUUGCCUAGUUUCACUUGAUACUCUUCAGGAAUUAUGUAGAAAAGAAAAACUCACAUGUAAAUCGAUUGGAAUCACCAAAAGGAAUCUAAACAAUUAUGAGGUGGAAUACUUGUGUGACUACAAGGUAGUAAAGGAUAUGGAAUAUUAUCUUGUAAAAUGGAAAGGAUGGCCAGAUUCUACAAAUACUUGGGAACCUUUGCAAAAUCUCAAGUGCCCAUUACUCCUCCAGCAGUUUUCUAAUGACAAGCAUAAUUAUUUAUCUCAGGUAAAGAAAGGCAAAGCAAUAAAAGACAAUAACAAAGCUUUGAAACCUGCCAUUGCCGAGUACAUUGUAAAGAAGGCUAAACAGAGGCUAGCUCUGCAGAGAUGGCAAGACGAACUCAACAGAAGAAAGAAUCAUAAAGGAAUGAUAUUUGUUGAAAAUACUGUUGACUUAGAGGGCCCACCUUCAGACUUCUACUACAUUAAUGAAUACAAACCAGCUCCUGGAAUCAGCUUAGUCAAUGAAGCUACCUUUGGUUGUUCGUGUACAGAUUGCUUCUUUGAGAAAUGUUGUCCUGCUGAAGCUGGAGUUCUUUUGGCUUAUAAUAAAAACCAACAAAUUAAAAUCCCACCUGGUACCCCCAUUUAUGAAUGCAACUCGAGGUGUCAGUGUGGACCCGAUUGUCCCAAUAGGAUUGUACAAAAAGGCACCCAGUAUUCACUUUGCAUCUUUCGAACUAGCAAUGGCUGUGGCUGGGGUGUAAAAACCCUUGUGAAGAUUAAAAGAAUGAGUUUUGUCAUGGAAUAUGUUGGGGAGGUAAUCACCAGUGAAGAAGCUGAAAGACGGGGGCAGUUAUAUGACAACAAAGGAAUCACAUAUCUCUUUGAUCUGGAUUAUGAAUCUGAUGAAUUCACAGUGGAUGCAGCCCGAUAUGGAAAUGUCUCUCAUUUUGUGAAUCACAGUUGCGACCCAAAUCUUCAGGUGUUUAAUGUUUUCAUUGAUAAUCUCGACACCCGUCUUCCCCGAAUAGCAUUGUUUUCCACAAGAACCAUAAAUGCUGGAGAAGAGCUCACUUUUGAUUAUCAAAUGAAAGGUUCUGGAGAUGUAUCUUCAGAUUCUGUUGACCACAGCCCAGCCAAAAAGAGGGUCAGAACUGUGUGCAAGUGUGGAGCUGUGACUUGCAGAGGUUACCUCAACUGAAUUUUCAGGAAACAGCUGAUGAUUGUAGUUUGUUUUUUUCUAAUGUUAACCUUUAAAAAAAGUAUUUGGGACUCUUUUCAUAUUAUCAGGAUUAUAUGCUAUGUUAAUUUACAAUUCAUGUUUCAAACUAUUGGCCAAAUGCAUUACUGAUGCUUCUGAAGAGAACACAGGGUCACAGAGACUAAUUUAAAAUACACGUAUUUAGUGAUUAGACACCAAACAUGAAAGGAAAACUGACAGAUCAGCAUAUACAUACAUAAGAAGUCUGUGUGAAUAGAGAAAUGCCUCCUUCAGUGUUUAAGCGUUAAACUGAUAACGUAACCAUCACUAAGAUCAAAUAUUCAACCUGCCAUACACCUUGAAUUUAGAGAAAGACUUAAUUUGGGCAAAUACAUACAAGUGCUAUUUUUGUUAUGUUGUCAUUCCCGUUAAUUACUCACUGUACUUGUAUUUAAGAAAAAUAGGUGAUACAGAAUUACACUCUAUUUUCUACUUUCAUUAAAAUACUGGGAUCUUAAUGAUACAGAAAUUUAAGGUCUAAAAUUCAAUGUAAACAGGUUUAAUUACAGCUUGAUUUCAUAUUUUGAAGCAAUCCAGACUGUUAUGAGGCAUGUAUGUCUGAAUCAGUAAUUCUUAAAAGAUUUUUAACCUUGUAAAAGAAUAAUUUCCAAAAAGCUCUAAAAUUCUGGAACGGAUGGCCAUUAUGCUGCUUUGAAAGGGUGGGGCACUGGGACCGGGAGGGUUUCUUGGAAGUGGGGAAAUGGAGCACUUUCAGGGCCCCUCUUAAUAACACAAAUUAAGAGAUCCAUGUUGCAUACCUGGUCUAAACAGAAACAGCAAAACAAGAUACUCCUGAGUGCAUCUGCACCUAACAGUGUUUCAUACAAUACACGAAUAUUACAUCUUCUGAAUUUCAGGCGGUUUUAACAUUUCCACCAAAUUUAAUUAUUUUUAUAUUCCCCGCAAGCUCUUCUUGAAAUAAUCUAUAUUUUGAACUGAUACUUAUUUUUUAUACAUGAAUUUUUUUUAAUGUGAUAAAGCUAAACUUGGCUUGGCCAAAGUGUGUAUCUGAAUUAUGAGAACAUUUUUACUUGAACCAUGAACACUGAAAUGGAAUACAGUUGUUUGGUUUUUGUUUCUGUUUUUCUGCAUAGUAAAACCUCAGUUGGGAACAACUAUGUUUUCAUCUCUGUGAUUUUGGGAUUUGUAAUCAUGGUGUCCAACAUGAAGGUAAAUGCAGCAAGUAAAUCUAGCUUUCAGUAUUCCUAAUUAAAUUUUACCUAAGCUGAUUGCCCCAUUGCUUUACUGACCUAAAAUAAGUUUGAGUAAAAUUGCACUAAUGGCAAGAAUCCAGCACUUCAAAUACCUUCUUAAUCCUUAACCUCUUUUUUGGGAGAAGCUACACUUUAUUAUGCAUUAUAUUGCUACCACAUGAUUUGCUCUUUCAUAAUAUGGGAUAAAUUCUUUACACGUUUGGAGUCUCACAGCGUAUUAACCAAAAUCUGCAGAAGGUGUCAUGGAAAAAUACAUUUCUUAGUGCCGUUUCUUAUGUUUUCUUUAUGAGGAAAUAGUCACAUGGUGUCAGUGGUGAGAAAGCAUCACAGAUUUACAGGUACUCCCAAUGGCCAAGCUUACUUUGAAUUCUGAUUCUCACAGGUUUAAAAAAAUGUAACUAAUAUUCUUAAAAAGUUAAUGUUUUACUGUCCAGUUUUUUGAUCUUGUCUUUUUGUGGUAAAAAAAAUGUAAAACAGGACAGCAAAGGGAAGAAUGGCUAUUUUCACAAAACUUGUUUUGUACUGUCCUUAGUAAUAGACAUUUAAUGGGUCUUUGAGAUUUUAGUUACCUGUGUUACCCUUGUUUGGUUACAAAGCUGAACUUAAUCAGUAAAAUGGAAACUCUCUACAUGAGGCUGUUAGGAGCUUUUAACCAUUUUAAGUCAACAUUUAGCUUCUUUGGUUUCUCAAGCUGUCAGAAUUUGUUCUCUCAAUAUGAAGCCUAUGUUCAACGGCCAUGUUUACAUGAAGUUUAAACCGUAAGUUAAUCUACUCUGCAAGUUGUAUUAAUACCAUUGUUUUCAAGAUCUACUUGAGGAUCGUGAUACAGUUGUAAUCUCAGGGUUUUUUCCCCCAUAUGUGCAAAAUCUAGACUGCACUUUUUUUUUUUUUUUACAGUUCAAUUUUCUUUAGCAAAAUAAAUUUAGUUUGGCAUUUGAUUUUCUAUUUAUGGUGGUUUAGCUUUGUUAUUGAAUAUUUUAUUUUCCUUACCAGUAAGCUACAAAAGGGGCAAAAAGAUAACCAAUGUAUUCCUGACUACUUGCUUUUGAGAUUAACCAAAGGUUGUUAUACCAUCACUUUAAAUGUUAUUUGCCUUUUAAGAAAGUUUAUCAUUGUCAUGGUUGGUCCAUUUGAAUAUUAAAGAAUUUUACAUAGCAUAAUGUGGAUGGAUACUUCUAAAAUAUUUUGAGCAUUAUGAGUCACCAGGUUACUUAAACACAUUAUGCUAAAUAAGUAAACACUGCCUGGAACCACAGGGGAAUGUUAGACUUAAAGCUCCUAUUCUUGGAGCAAGUCUCAGGCCCUUUAUCUGCGUUCCUGUGCAUCUCAUAAACCCAUGAGGCCGGUGCUGCCAGCCCUACCAGCAAAGGGAAGGGGUCAGGACUGGUUAGGUAACAUGAACAUACCCAAGAUCACGUGGCUCGGGGGCAGUAAACCACCUAUUUAUACUGGACUCUAUUUCGUACUGCUAGUUUAAACAAACUGUAAGUCUUGGAUUCCUCUCUCAGGCAAAUGUGGCUAGCCACUGAAUUUCUUCUGUCAUGUAUCUUGGCAUUUUGAAACUUGUUUUCACUUUUUCCUUUAUACUUUACAGUUCUUAGAGUAAAAAUCGAGUAGCCACUAUAAUUAAUCCUACCCCUACCUGUGCUCCUUUUGAGAGGCAUUAUUGCAUAGUGGCUAAGAGCAUGGACUCUCGAGCUUGAAUUGCCUGUAUUUUCAGUCCUGACUUCACUCCUUCUCAGCUAUGUGAACUAACCUCUCUGUGCCUCAGCCUCCUCAUUUGUGAGUGGGAAGAAUAAACUUAACCUGCCUCAAAAGGUGGUGAUGAGCAUUGAAGGAGUUCAUAUCCAGUGUGUAAAAGAACUAUCAUCACAGAGUAAGCACCACAUGUAAGUAUCUGCUGUAAUUCUGUACUGUAAACCUGUACUUUUGUAGUCUUUGGUGAUCCCUGCAAGUUUUUUUUUUUUUAAUCAAAAGUGUUCUAGUGCUCUUAGCCCUUAAAUUCAUUCACCUGACAUUUAUUGUGCCAGGUUCUCAUAAAACAAAAUAUGGCAGUAUGUAAUAUUAAAUGGAUGAUGUGAUUAUACAGUGCUAAUAUAUUCAGAAGGAUGUUUACAGGCAUGUAUUGAGUCCCCACCUUGGAUUAUAAGCUAUACUAUUAAGAUGAGGUCUUUAGUGUCAGCGAAAUUAGUUGUAUUUGAUUACAUGACUUACUAAUGAAGUGUAACUAAUUUUUAGAACUACAGAUUAAAAAUGAAGUCUCUGGGCUUGUGUAUUAGGCCUAUUGUAGUUACGACUGGAAACUCAGUGAUCUGUAAUCUCUACUGGUCUCUUUAGUGAUUUUAUAUUCACUUUGCUUUCAGGCUGUAGAACUCGUAGGAGAGACGGGUAAAAUGGGAUAACUGUAUUUCAACCCCAGUCACAGUCUGGAGAAUACUUAAUCAAAAACUGGGAGUAUCUGUGGCGUUAGAAAGAAGGGGUCAGUGCAGCAGGGUGAUAAUGCAUAUCAUUGUUGGUUUAAUUGACCUGCAAAUUGAUUUAGAGACUCCAACUUAAAUUU